AUGAUUAGCCUGGAUGCCUACGUGCGGUACGUUUACCAGUACUCUUCGCCAACCACAACAGAGCAUCUUCGGCAGACCGUCUGGGGUCCACUUGGUCUCUGCUCUGGCGCGUCCGCCUCGCCCAAGCCCAUCUCUGGUGCGCAGCCAUGCUGGAGAGACGCAUCCGUGUCGCACGAGGUGCUGUACGCCGUCCCACCUAUCACAACGAACGUGCGGUGUGUCGGCAGCCGCAUCGACGCUCACCUCACUGAUCUACUUGAAGCGCUCCCGCUGUCGUCGCCGACGGUGCCCCCCACCACUCCGGCUGCAGCGACUUUGGCCUCCCGCUUCGCACGUCCAUCACGUCUCGCCACCAUUGGUCUGCCGUUUUGCCUGUGUGUGAAGCCGCAGACAGAGCAUCUUACGCCGUGGUCGCUCCUCUGCACCUCCUCCUCUUCGCCGACAGACGCAUCAAACCCAGAAAUGAAUCGUAAGCAGCCGAGUAGACCGCUCGUUCUCGUGGUAGAUACGGGGGCGGCAGAGGCGGUACUGCGGGGCAGCGACCUUUAUGCACCGGGUAUCGUGACAGCCUCUCGCCCUUUCCAUGCCGGAGAGCGCGCGGUUGUGGCCUUCUACGUGGAGCGCGUUGCAGGCACGGGAGACGAGGCGCAGAACGGGAGUGCAGAGGCGCCGUGUCGUCUCGUCUGUGCGCUCCCCACCGGAGCCACCCUCUCGGCCGAGCAGUUCGAACCCCUCGAUAUGGAUGUCGAUUACCAAGACAAACACCAGCAAGUGGACAUGCUGGCAGGCCGCUCUACCUUUCUCGUGUGCAUCGGUAGUGGUGUAACAUGCAUGGAGUGGAAGACCGUCAUGAGCCGAUCGGUCCAUGGCACCGCGCUGCGGAUGGAGUGGACACCGCAGGGGCAGCCCUCUCGCGCCACCCUGCGUGCUCUGCUCGGAAUCACGAAGGGCACCGAAGACAGCAAUGCGCGGAGCAGCACUCCACUACCGCAACCACCAUCGUCAGGCGUAGAAGAAGGAGAGGAAAGGGCAGCAGAUGUGUUCUUCCUGCAAAACUACUCUAGCAUGGUGCCGGUGGCGCUCCUGGUCCAGCAUCUCUCGCCAGCCGCCCUCCGCCGUGCGUGGACGCACAGCGACGACGCGGACCAGGGCCGCUCGCCUGUACCGUGCACUAUCCUCGACGCGUGCGCCGCCCCGGGGGGCAAGACGAGUCUCUUGCUGUCGCUGCUGCAGGAGCGGGCCGAGCAGGAGAGGACAGCGAUGGCAGAAGCAGCGAUCCCUCUUCCAUCCGCCACAGUUGCCACAGAACCCUUUCGAGUGGUGUGCUGCGAGCGUAGCCGACCCCGCCAAGAGCAGCUAAUGAGCCUCCUUCACCGCCACUUCGCAUCCCACCUCGCUGCGCCGUCUGCGUCGCCCUCGUUGAACAGUACCCCGGCAGUCGAUGUUCCAUACGUGACGCGCGUGCUGGAGUCUCGAUGCGUCGACACGAACAAGUUUCUCAAGCGCAAGCUCACCGAGGCAGCCGGAAGCAGCGACGGCAGCGCCGCGUCACACACGGCCAGCUUCGAUGCAGUCUUACUAGACCCCCCGUGCACGGGCAUGGGUCUGCGGCCAAAGCUGAUGCCCCACGUGCAGUCCAUUGCCUCCAUACAACGGUCAGCCGACUACCAGCGCAAGCUGUUCGACUCCUGCAUCCGCCACAUCCGCGGCUCACCGACGUCGCCUGGCGUAAUCGUGUACAGCACCUGCACCACGACGCUGGAAGAGAACGAAGCGAACGUUUUGCACUUCCUCUGCACCUACCCCUCGGUGCGUCUCGCCCGUGCCAGGACGGCGGCCCAGCGUGCGCUGUGCGGCCUCUCUACCGUCCGCAGCUACGGUGCCCAGCACGACACCGACGGGAGUCACGGCAGCACUUGUCUCUGCUCUUGCCUCUUGCGAAACGAGAUUACGGAAGUGCAACUGGCCAAGGAGCGGGCAGCUGCUGCAGAAGGGCUAUCGUCGACGGAUCCGCUGCUAUUGCUGCGUUUCAUGCCUCGGCCACUCGACAUAUACGACGACAUAUCUGAAGAUGGCGUGGGCUUCUUCGUCGCUGUGUUUCUCUGCAGUGGCUACACGGACGCGUAA